CUAGACUGGUAGUGACUGGUAGAGAGUCUGAGUAUCUGGGACUAGACUGGUAGUGACUGGUAGAGGACUGGAGUGAGAGGAGAACAGUAUAAAGUUGACAACAUAGGAGGGAAGCCAGAGAGUAGAAUGAGGAAUCUCAUGUCUGUCAGCAUCAGACUUCUCUGUGCUGUGAGCUGUGUGGUGUCAGGAGUGAUCACAAAGAGAGGGACAGAAGGAGGAAAUGCUAGCAUUCAGUGUCCUUAUGCACGGGGGUUUGAGACAUACCAGAAGUACCUCUCAAAAGGGAUCUGGGCCUACCGGGUUGAUGUCAUCAAAACCCAAAGGCAUCAACACCCAACGUGGACUCAUAAAGGGAGAUACUCUCUGUAUGAUGACACAGAGAGAAGAGUCUUCACUGUGACCAUCACUAACCUGACCCUAGAGGACUCAGGGACCUACUGGUGUGAAAUAAACACAUGGUGGUGGCAUCACAAGACUGAAGUCAGGUUAACUGUGGAGAGAGCUCCUUCUCCUCCCAACCCUGGCUCCGUCACCUCCAGACCUCUCCUCUCCACGACACACCCAUCAACAAACAUCACCAUGGCAACUGACUCCUCAAACUCCACUGCAGGUGAUGUGAUGUUCUCUGGUGUUGGUCUGGGUGUUGUUCUACUACUGCUGGGUCUGCUGCUGUUCAUGUUCUUUAGACAGAGGAGAGACAGAGACAGGAGACCAACAGCAUCUAAACACUCCAACCAGGAUCAAGACACAGGAACCAUCGCUAACCCCAUCUACUUCACAGCAACCAAUCAGAACCCAGAUACAGCCUGUGAUAUCACCACCAUCUAUUCCACAGCAACCAAUAAGAAUCCAGAUACAGCCCGUGACUUCACCACCAUCGACGCCACGGCAACCAAUCCUUGUGCAGAUGACAUCUACUCCAACGUUGGUCCGUCUACAGAGGUUCCAGACUGUGAGUUCUGUAUCCUCUCUUGUGAGUUCUGUCUCCUCUCUGGUGAGUUCUGUCUCCUCACGGGUGAGUUCUAUCUCCUCACAGGUGAAUUCUGUCUCCUCUCAGGUGAGUUCUGUCUCCUCUCAGUAUGA